AUGGUAUGUACAGUUAGUUCUGAUGGAUGUACAGUUAGUUCUGAUGGAUGUACAGUUAGUUCUGAUGGAUGUACAGUUAGAACUGAUGGAUGUACUGUUACUGGUGGAUGUACAGUUAGUACUAAUGGAUGUGCUGUUACUGGUGGAUGUAUAGUUAGUACUGAUGGAUGUACAGUUAGUUCUGAUGGAUGUACAGUUAGUUCUGAUGGAUGUACAGUUAGUACUGAUGGAUGUACAGUUAGUUCUGAUGGAUGUACAGUUAGUUCUGAUGGAUGUACAGUUAGUUCUGAUGGAUGUACAGUUAGUUCUGAUGGAUGUACAGUUAGAACUGAUGGAUGUACUGUUACUGGUGGAUGUUCACUUAGUACUGAUGGAUGUACAGUUAGUUCUGAUGGAUGUACAGUUAGAACUGAUGGAUGUACAGUUAGUUCUGAUGGAUGUACAGUUAGUUCUGAUGGAUGUACAGUUAGAACUGAUGGAUGUACAGUUAGAACUGAUGGAUGUACUGUUACUGGUGGAUGUUCAGUUAGUACUGAUGGAUGUACAGCUUGUACGUGUAAUGUUUAG